AUGGCCCUCAUGUUUUCUUGUUUGCAGUAUAUGAUAGAUGUGCGACUGAAUCUCGUACUGAAUAUGGUUAUCGAUUUCGUCACGUAUAAUACGGACAAUGCGGCAGAGUCGAAGAGCGGUGCGUAUCUGUUCAUUCCAAAAAUGCCAGGAGAGGUGAUGGCCCUACCAUCCACGCCUAACAUUCAAAUUAUUCGUGGCCCUCUGGUACAGGAAAUCACUGUGCACACUCCGCUUGUAAAUCACACGGUCCGCUUGCAUAGAUAUCCAAUGUUGUUCACUUCUAUGCGUAUGUUUUUACGGCAAUCGACCGGGACUAAGGGUUUCAUUUUGAAUGUGAGUCACACUCUUCUCGUCUAA